AUGAGUUUCUUCCGUACAUUGAGCCUGACGGCUGCGGCCAUGGCUGCUGUGGCUGAGGGCCAUGUAUGCCGAUCCCCAUCUGCUUCUCCCAGUGUCACCAUCGAGCAGGGUGUGAUCCAGGGCUUCUCCCAGAAUGACACCAAUGUCUACUUAGGCAUUCCAUUUGCUGAGACCACGGCUGGGGAGAACCGUUGGAAGGCUCCUAAGCCCAUCAGCUCGUUCCCCAACGGUCACUUUGAGGCUACUGCUUAUGGACCAUCUUGUGCGCAGGCAAUGUCUGGGACGGCAAUCACCGCCCAGAGCGAGGAUUGCCUCAACCUCAACAUUUGGACUCCCCGCCAAGGUGACUCUCUCCCUGUGUUCGUCUAUAUCUAUGGCGGUGCCAUGGUCACGGGAGGCAACAGCAACGCCCAAUGGCAGGGGUACAACUUUGCCCGUGAUGAUGUUAUCUACGUCAACUUCAACUACCGCGAGAGUGUCUAUGCGUCGCCCAAUGCGCCUGAGCUGCAGGGACAGUCCCAGAACUUUGGAAUCAUGGAUGUGGAGUCAGCCUUGGAGUGGGUUCACAACAACAUUGAAGCUUUCGGUGGUGACAAGUCGCGUAUCGUACUGGGUGGCCAUUCAUCUGGUGGAGUGCAUGUUGAUCACUACCUCUGGAACCACCCCGAGACCUUCCUGGCUGGUGCGAUCGAGAUGUCUGCCAAUGCUCAAUCCGGUCCUGGCUAUGCGCCUACCGGUGUUGCGCUGAAGCAGGUGGUGCAGGACAUGCUUGAUGCCGGCGUGUCCCUGGACUGCACGGCUGAAGACUAUACUCUGGACUGCCUGCGUGCAGCAGAUACUUAUGCCUUCCAGACAACUGACUUCAACUCCACCACCAACACCUGGUUCUCACCACCGGUGGACGAGAUCACCCGCUUCUCCAACUACACUGACCGCUUUAUCAAUGGUCACUAUCCAAAAUCGCUGCCGCUGAUUGUCGGAAACUCCGACCAGGAGGGCGAGAUCUUUGGCUACGUCUAUGGCAGUGAGAACACCGACUUUUCAUCCUGGAUCCGCACUUUUGAUGCCGAUAUUGCCUUCGUGCCCGCGGAUGAGCUCCUGGCCGCCUACAACGAAUCCGAUUACGCCUCUGUCUCUCUGAUGAGCGGUGCCUCUUACGGUGACGCGCGCUUCCUCUGUGCGACCGACGCCCUGCUGGACCUGCGUGCUUCCGAGCAACCCACCUGGAUCUACCGCUGGUUCGGUGAAUACUCGAAUGCGCUGCCAAUCCCCAAUCUUGGGCCCUCGCACGGAAGUGAGGUGCCCUUUUUCCACGGCGGCAAUGAAUGCUUCUCGCUUCUCGACGGCGUGACCGACGCAGAGCAGCAGCUGGCAGACUACAUGCACUCCUGGUUUGUCUCCUGGAUUCGCAACCCUAGCGCUGGACCUGGCUGGGACAAGGCCCGCCCUGUUGAUGGACCCUUGGCGCGCGUAGGCGUACCUGAGCAUGAGGAGGAGAUUGUGAUGAGCACGACUGGCGCGUACAACAGUCGCUGCCAGAAGGUCUUCAAACCUAAUUACCCUAAAUAUCCCGUAGUGCAGAACCCUGUUUUGCUGGCGGAGAGUGCCUGA